CAGUUCCAACAGCGUUGUCAAGUCACCAUCAACACAGGCAAAUCCAGCGAGCAGCAAACCUAGUCAUGGCCCUGAUCAAGAUCACCCUCAUCUGUUGUGCUUUAGUGGCCGCCAUCGAAUGCGCCUUGCUUCCGGCGGCUGUUCCAGUGGGUGUACCUCUCAACACCGAGGUGGAUCCGCAUCCACAGUAUGCCUUUGCCUACAAUGUGCAGGAUGCCCUCACGGGGGACAGCAAGAGCCAGCAGGAGGUGCGUGAUGGCGAUGUGGUCAAGGGCUCCUACUCGGUGGUGGAUGCGGAUGGAUCGCUGCGCACUGUCUUCUACACCGCUGAUCCCAUUAAUGGUUUCAAUGCGGUGGUGCAGCGCGGACCUGUGCCCGUUGCCGCUGCUCCUGUGCCAGUGGCACCGCGUCCUCUGGUGGCCGCCGCUCCUGCUCCCCUUUUUGGUUAGGCUUCUAGUAACCAUAUACCCCAGAUCCUAGCUAGUACAUAACUUAUUGUCUGCUCCUUAGGAGGUUUGUAAAGUCGCUUAAAUCAAUUAAUAAUAAACUCAGUAAGCCAAAGAAGCAAAAUUAUAGUGAGAAACUAAUGGAAUCCGCCAAUGAAUGACUCAAUUACACACACUUUAAAUUGCUCUGUGGUAAAAACCAAACUAGUUUACAUUUACACCUAUCCAUAUUAUUAAUUAAUGAGUUGAUCUGGCAAGCUCAAGGCUUAAAAUAUGUUUACUAAGUUUAGUAAGUGAUAAUGAACUAAAUUAAAGCACACGCAAAAUACGAGUAUAAUAAGAUACUAAGUGCUGAUUGAUAGUUUUUCAAGAUCAA